ACUAAACCUGCUGAAAGAGAAGAAAAGGCUCCGAGAAUAAAGAUGGAUCGCUGGUGAGGGUUUUAAAUGUAACACAACAAGGGUUAUUGAAGAAAAAUGGCAUCUGAGAUCUCGUGGGACGAAAUCAAGAAAGAAAAUGUGGAUCUUGAGCGGAUCCCUGUUGAAGAAGUGUUUGAGCAACUAAAAUGCUCAAAAGAAGGUUUGUCAAGCGAUGAAGGAAAGAAGAGGCUUGAGAUAUUUGGGGCAAACAAGCUUGAAGAGAAAUCAGAGAACAAGUUUUUGAAAUUCUUGGGGUUCAUGUGGAAUCCUCUCUCAUGGGUUAUGGAGUCUGCUGCAAUCAUGGCCAUUGUUUUAGCAAACGGAGGAGGAAAGCCACCGGAUUGGCAAGAUUUUAUUGGUAUUAUGGUGUUGCUUAUCAUCAACUCCACCAUCAGUUUCAUCGAGGAAAAUAAUGCUGGCAAUGCCGCUGCAGCUCUCAUGGCCAAUCUUGCCCCUAAGACUAAGGUGUUGAGAGAUGGAAAAUGGGGGGAGCAAGAAGCUGCAAUCUUGGUUCCGGGUGAUCUGAUAAGCAUCAAAUUGGGUGACAUUGUUCCUGCUGAUGCUCGUCUUCUCCAGGGAGAUCCUCUCAAAAUUGACCAAUCGGCUCUUACCGGUGAAUCCCUUCCAGUCACCAAACACCCUGGAGAUGAAGUAUUCUCAGGAUCAACCUGCAAGCAAGGUGAGAUUGAGGCUGUUGUGAUUGCUACAGGUGUCCACACCUUCUUUGGCAAGGCUGCUCAUCUUGUUGACAGCACCAACAAUGUUGGCCAUUUCCAAAAGGUUUUGACUUCAAUUGGUAACUUCUGUAUAUGCUCAAUUGGAUUGGGGAUGUUGAUUGAGAUAUUGAUUAUGUACCCUAUCCAACACCGCACAUACAGAGACGGCAUUGAUAAUCUGUUGGUACUUUUGAUCGGAGGAAUCCCAAUUGCCAUGCCAACAGUUUUGUCUGUAACAAUGGCUAUUGGGUCACAUAGACUCUCUCAACAAGGUGCCAUCACCAAGAGGAUGACUGCAAUUGAAGAAAUGGCUGGAAUGGAUGUUCUCUGCAGUGAUAAAACUGGAACCCUAACCCUUAACAAGCUCUCCGUCGACAAGUCCUUGAUUGAAGUGUUCCCAACGAACAUGGAUACUGAUUCAGUUGUAUUGAUGGCUGCAAGAGCCUCCAGGAUUGAAAACCAAGAUGCCAUUGACGCUUCCAUCGUCGGAAUGUUGGGUGAUCCGAAAGAGGCGAGAGCAGGAAUCACAGAGGUGCAUUUCU